AUGCAUAGUGAUCUGAAGAGCUUGCUAGGUCGCUACCGCCAGCUGGCUCCCUCUGCCUCAGUGCGAGUUUCGCCAAUGUGUAUGGGCACCAUGACAUUCGGCGGAACGCAUCCCGAGAAAUACGGUGAAUGCAGCAAAGAAGAGGCAUUUGCAAUGAUGGACUUCUUCUAUCAAAAUGGUGGCAAUUUCUUCGACACAGCAAAUGCCUACCAAGACGGCCAGUCUGAGGUCUGGCUAGGCGAAUGGAUCGCCUCCCGCCAGAACCGCGAGGAGCUCGUGAUAGCCACCAAGUACACAUCCGGAUAUAUGCUCCAUUGUAAAGACAAGAUCCAGGCCAACUUCGUCGGCACCGGAACCAAGUCCAUGAGCCACUCGGUGGACGAGUCUCUCCGCAAGCUCCAGACAACUUACAUCGAUCUGUUUUACGUGCACUGGUGGGACUACACAACUUCAAUCCCGGAACUGAUGCAGAGCCUCAACCACCUGGUCGUGUCAGGGAAGGUACUUUACCUCGGCAUUUCAGAUACACCUGCUUGGGUCGUGACGAAGGCAAACGCGUACGCCCGCCAGCACGGACUGCGACAAUUCUCAGUCUAUCAAGGAAAGUGGAAUGCCGCCAGGCGAGACCAUGAGCGAGACAUCAUUCCCAUGUGCGCCGACGAAGGCAUGGGGUUGGCCCCAUACGCAACGUUGAACGCGGGCAAUUUCCAGACGGCCGAAGGCUACAAGGCCCGCGAGAAGGCGAACCAUGGCCGCAAAUUCAUCCCCGUAUGCGCGCGAGAUAAGCAAGUCGCUGCUAUCCUGGAGAAGAUCGCCGACAAGAAAGGUGGAGGUGUGACACUGUUGAAUAUCGCGAUGGCUUAUAUCUGUCAUAAGGCGCCCUAUGUCUUCCCCAUUGUUGGCGGUCGGACUGUGGACCAUCUCAAGGGAAGUAUUCCCGGCCUGGGAGUUUCGCUGUCGAAUGAUGAGAUUGAGGAGAUUGAGACUGGGUACGAGUUCGAUCAUGGGUUCCCUCACAGCUUUUUGAGUGGCACAUUGUUUGACCUUUCCCACCCGAGAGGAGCUGCAGGCCCUGAGGAUGUGUGGUUGACCAAGCCAUGCGGCCCCUUUGAGUGGGUCGAGCGUCCGAAGCCGAUCAAGCCUAGCCCAUCAACAUAG